AUGUUAAACUCCUUGCACCAAUCGAGGACCUCUCUUAAUGCUCAUCCUCAGAUUCCUAAUCCCAGCUCACCAAGAUGGCAGCCACCACCUGAAGGUAUCUACAAAAUAAAUUGGGAUGCAAGUGUGAGAAAAGAAGACUGCACAAUUGGUGUUGGAAUUGCAAUUCGGGACUGGCAAGGCAGAUUUAUGGCAACUAUGAGAAUGAAGAAACCUAUGUUCCCAGAUGCAUACUUGGCUGAGUCUUUCGCAGCUCUUCAAGCAGUCAUUCUAGCAGCAGAUAUUGGUAUUAACCAAAUUAUCCUGGAAGGGGACGCACUUCAAGUAGUCAAUGAUCUCCUAAGGGAUGAAGAGAAUUGGGGCCAAGCUGGUCUAAUCUCUAUGGAUACUAAAGCGGUUUCUAGGAAUUUUCAAACUUUUUUGGUUCAUCAUGUUAAUAGAGCAUCCAAUGUGAUUGCUCAUACUCUAGCUAAAGAUGCUCUAACCAUAGAUGAUGUAUUGGUAGAGCUUGAAGAUGUUCCAAAUUGUAUUGGAUCCUUAGUCGAUCCUAUUGAAUGA